UGCCGGCAGCCAGCGUCCGCAAGGACGCACGCGGACGCGCAAAACAUGCAUACGUGCCGUCCGCGCGGCGUGCACAGCAUCGCGCUUGUGCUGGCUCUCGCCAUCGCCUGGUUGCCUCAUGCUGACCAUGCCGCGGGAGCGGGCGGAGGUGGUAUGUUUGGUGACGUCAAUAUCUCAGCCAUUUUGGAUUCGCUAAGUGUAAGCUACGAUAAAAGAGUGAGGCCGAACUAUGGAGGACCGCCCGUGGAUGUGGGAGUCACCAUGUACGUGCUCUCCAUCAGCUCCUUAUCUGAAGUGAAAAUGGAUUUCACCCUGGAUUUCUACUUCAGACAGUUUUGGACAGACCCCAGGCUUGCUUACAAAAAAAGGACGGGUGUGGAGACACUUUCCGUCGGCUCAGAAUUUAUUAGAAACAUAUGGGUACCCGACACUUUCUUUGUUAACGAAAAACAGUCUUAUUUCCACAUUGCUACUACAAGCAACGAAUUCAUCCGCAUUCAUCAUUCUGGAUCUAUUACUAGGAGUAUAAGACUGACUAUCACCGCUUCUUGUCCAAUGGAUCUGCAAUACUUUCCGAUGGACCGUCAAUUAUGCAAUAUUGAAAUCGAAAGUUUCGGCUACACCAUGCGGGACAUCCGAUACAAGUGGAACGAGGGGCCCAACUCUGUGGGCGUGUCGAGCGAAGUGUCUCUGCCGCAAUUCAAGGUGCUGGGCCAUCGGCAGCGAGCCAUGGAGAUCUCUCUUACGACAGGAAACUAUUCACGACUGGCAUGCGAGAUUCAAUUUGUCCGUUCAAUGGGAUACUACUUAAUCCAAAUAUACAUUCCAUCUGGCCUAAUUGUAAUUAUAUCUUGGGUAUCAUUCUGGUUGAACCGAAAUGCGACACCUGCUAGGGUAUCACUAGGUGUUACCACUGUACUUACGAUGACUACGCUUAUGUCAUCCACGAAUGCCGCACUGCCCAAGAUCUCAUAUGUCAAGUCUAUCGAUGUCUACUUGGGAACCUGCUUCGUCAUGGUCUUCGCCAGUCUUCUAGAAUAUGCUACCGUCGGCUAUAUGGCUAAAAGGAUACAGAUGAGGAAACAAAGAUUUACUGCUGUUCAGAAAAUGGCUGCUGAAAAGAAAAUGCAAAUAGACGGGCCACCAGGUACAUCGGAGCCUUUACCACCACCGAGGACGAGUACGCUAACGAGACCACCACCACCGAGUAGAUCUUCAGAGGUCCGAUUCAAAGUUCAUGACCCGAAAGCAUAUUCCAAGGGCGGCACCUUAGAAAACACUAUCAAUGGAUCUCGAGGUCCCGCUCCGGCACCUGUACCUGCUGCCCCGCAGCCUGAUGAAGAAGCUGGACCACCCCCGCACCUUAUUCAUGCUUCGAAGGGUAUCAACAAACUGCUCGGAACGACACCAUCGGACAUCGACAAGUACUCUCGCAUCGUGUUCCCCGUCUGCUUCGUUUGCUUUAACUUAAUGUACUGGAUCAUAUACCUCCAUGUUUCCGACGUUGUGGCCGACGACUUGGUACUACUAGGCGAAGAAAACUAAUUUCUCUCGAAUAAACUAUACUUACCGGACUUGUUCAAACUUAGGGUGCUCAUGAUCAACCAUCCAUCAAGUUUCGGUAAUGCGCUUUGGAAUCCUAGAAACGCUCGAUAAUCUAUUAGCGUUCUGUAAUCUUAUAAAUAUAACAAAUAAACAUCACUAUGAUUAUAAUAGAUACGUGUCGCGUAUAUUGACACUGGUAAUAUUGAAUUCUUUAGAAAAUAGAGAUAAUAUAAAGUUCAAAAUAUAAGUCAAUCUGUCUAAGAGACAAAAUGUUAUAUCUUCAACAGUUAUCAGUCUUAAAUAAAUGUGUAUGUAUACAUGAAAAUCCGCAGUUAUAAAGUAAUAUACAUUUUAUGGGAUUAAAUUAGUUUUUAAUAAGAAUCCAAGUUUAUAUACAAAUUACUAAUUGAAAAUCUAAGCGCUUUUUAUUGCUAACUUCAAAUGAUGGCUGUCUUUACUUCUCUAGUUGAUUAAGUAGCAAUUUUAUAGAAUAUAUAUCACUAAUAACAUUGAAAAGAAUAUACUGAGUGGACAGACGCGUGUAUUCAAUUUAAUCAAACUGUAGUUAUUGUCACUUUGAUCGGCAAGGCAUUGAAAGGAUAAAUUCAAACGUAAGAUUUUCAGUCAUUUUAAUCCACACAAUACAUCAGCAAACUGUAAUAUUAAUUAAAUAAAUAUUAAUAUCCAAAAAAUAUGGAGUCGAUUGUAUUAAAAAUAGAUUAUUAAAUCUCAAUUAACACGACAGUAGUCACAAUUUCAUAGCCCGGUAUCGCCACAAAGAUUUUUCAUUUAUUUAGAAGAUGCUGAUGUUAUAGAACAUCAUUUGCCCGAAUUAUGAAAUGUAUUUCAAAUAUUCGUAUAAAAGUAUAUCGGUACAAAACAGUAAAGUAACUACAAUACACUAAAGGUAACAGGGACUACGUACUUUUUGACGACAACUGGUGUUUAGGAAGUUGGACCACAGUCCCUUACCGAUAGUGCCUCUUCAUAUUACAGUACUAGUCAUUAAUCUAUGAAAUUGACAUUAGCGCGCGUCACUAGGUACUUAAAUAAAGAACUAAAAUAUAACGACGGAAUUUGAAGAGGACUUGAUACCGUAUUUACGAUCAUGAGUCCUUUAUAGGACAAGAUGUAAAUAAUUAUACAUAAUAUUAUAUUUAUACGAUUAGGAUACACAUACACGAUUGCUCUAGUUUUUUAAAAAGUUAUUCGGUUCAAUUUAACAUGUAUACACCGGUAUUACACUUCAAAUUAAAUCUAGUGCACAGAACACUUUUUCUACGUAGUUUAAAAAUUUACAUGUAUCAAUUGAAUGUAAUGUGUUAGAUCUGACGGAGUGACAUGAUAUGUUCUUAAGAGUAAGAUUGGUUCAUCGAUCUUGAUUUCUUACUUCUCGGUCUUAAUCAACCUUGAAUAUUGAUCGGGUUUGUGUUAUAUCUAAGGCAACAUAUAUUACGCGGAGAGACUCGGUGAGACCUUUGUAAUGUACGUCUUUACACGUAUUUCGUAAGUACAAUAAACUAUAAGAUAAAAGAAGAAAGGAAGAGAAGAGUUCGUAGAGUACCGUUAUUAGAGCUGUGACUACUCUAAGUUUUGAUCUCACAAUUAAUUGAAAAUAUACAUAAACUUAGAAAAAUAAACUUAUCUACUAAUAAUAAUGUAAAAGGGAAACAAUUCUUAGUUGUGUUUGUGCUCAUAUAGGCUUGUAGAGGUUUUAUUGAUAUUGUUUAUAUUUACGUAUACAUUCCAAUUUAACUGGGAAGACAUUUUCCCAAGUUUCGUUUUAUACGAUACUUCCUUGUUGUGACUCCAGUUUUUAGAUAUUUACAGUAUCAUUUUGGAGUAUUUUAAGAUUUGAGCUACAAGCCAUUUCUUGUUAGAAAAAUCCCUUAUUAUUUAUUUCUGAAUUUGCUCAACGUUUUUCAAAGACACUAUUUAUAAAUAUGUAUAAGGGAGUGCAAAUAGUUGAUUUGACUAGGAAAUGUAAUAAAUAGGUUAGGUAGUGAUAUUUUUAAGUAAUUAUAAUUUGCCUCCUAUUUUAUACCCACAUUCUCAGACUGUGCAUUAAGACUAGCGUUUAUAAAUUUUAUCAUUUAGAAAGUCUAUUUCUGUUCUAAAGAUAUUAAAAUUUAUUUAAAAUACAAUUAAUCCUAAAUAUUGUAUAAAGACUGAGUCAAUAUUCUUUUAGUUCCUCAUAUUUACAGCUAUAAUGAACAUGACAGCCAUCUAUAAGUUCCCUUGAUUACGUAAGUUCUUCUGUUUCUAGAUACUGCAUUAACUAAAAGUAACAAAAAUAUAUAAGAAAUCUAUUGCAUUACUAUCGCAAGAUAGUGACAUAAAUAUUCUGUUCUAAAAUAUAUUUAUAUACAUAUAUAUAUAAUAAUGACGAUACGUUAUAAUUAGUAGUUACAAUCAGCCAAAUUGAUAAGUAUAUCUUUAACGAUUAACUAUUAGUCGACCUUCAGAAUGAACUAUGGAUUAAAUGUACAUGAUUAUGAAAAAAAAUAUGUAAGAUGUGAAAUUCGCAUUAUAUUGCACCUAGUUAGUAAGUGAGUAGCGUAGCUUAGCGGACGGGGGAGCGGGCGAGGCGAGCCGAAGGGGAUGGCCACAGUUUACUUAGUAAAAGUUUCGGGGCUGGAGUACAGCGGCAGUGGGCCAAGUUAUUGGCACGGCUAGCGACUCUUGCUAAGCGGUGACGCUCGAGCCUCUCUCCGCUCAAUUCCAAUUUAAACUGCAUUCUAUCUACACUACUACUAUGUACACUGAAACAUCUAGCGCGCAUUGCCCGCAAACCUCUUUCGCGAAACCAAAUUCUAAAUCACAUUUAAAUAAAAUCUAGCAUUAUUAAAAAAUUAUACUGUGUGAGUAAAAUCAAUCUAGAAAACUAAGAUGAUGAUGAUAAUUUAUUAUGAUAUAGGUAUCAAAUAAAAUUUCAAUAAUAUUAAUAUAUAUAUAUUAUAUUAUCACGUUUCCCAAAUUAGUCUACCUACUCUCGUAUAACUGAUCCACAAUGAAAUAUUUCGCACUAGAAAAACUAAUUAAUUACUUACACUUGUCAAAUAUUAUGGAGAUUUUCUUGCUGAGAUUUUAGGGACUGGCAAGUGACUUCGUGUUCAGACGAAUUAAUAAAUAGUAGUGAACGAGUAUUAAAAAAACUAAAAUCAUCCAUAUAAACAAAGGCUGUCGAAAGUAAAUAUUCUAAACUAAUUCUGACUACUUUAAAUUAUUGUAAGCAACAAGCAUGAAUCGCCGUCACUUGCGCGUGCGCCUGUAGGUGGCGCUCUAAGUACUUUGUAAUUAUUCUUACUUUGCUGCACAUUCAGGUAUUGGGCCUGCAAGAAGCACAUGCGUUCAAAUGGUUUUACAUAGGAUUAUACUUAAUAUGUAGAUAUUACGUACACAUCAUAACUAUCGGCACUUGAUUUCAAAGUAAUUCUGCAUCAUAGACGCAUAUUAUACAUACAUAUAAAAUAUUUAAUAAAUAAAGCAUAGUAAAUGCAGACUUGAAUAGUGCCAAAUGCGAGGCUUUAAAAUUUUAUUAUUCGCUUUUUAUUACGAAUAUAUUUCUACCACAUCUGUUUUAAUAUAAUAAACUGUCAAUGUCAUUAGAUGUGUCAUAUUUGUGUUUCAAUUGAAGUAUACCCUAGAAAUAGAUAACAUUGUGAUGUAUAUAAUAAAUUAUAUACAGUAUAUGUAUACAUAUAUAUAUCCCUGUAACUUUGAGCAAAGGUUUGUUGUUGAACACGAGUAUGUAUACCACUUUUGUAAAUAAAAUCCAACGAUCUGUCCUACGAGGAAUUACUUCAUUUACAGGCAGUGUAAUGUAUUGCAGUUACUUGUGAAUUGUAUCUCGAUGCUGAUUUUUUUACCUAUACUUGUAUUAAAGUGUUUCGUAAUAAGAUUUAAAAUUUUUGAGGCAUAUCAUGUGUUAGAAUUUAUUAUGCUGUUUCUUUGUUAUGUAAUUUAAUAUCCUCUGCACAUUCAUUUAUAUGUGAGUGCUUAUGAAAAUAUUUCAUCAAUGCUUAAUGUAUUUAUUUAAUUAUUUCUAUGACCAUGAAGUGAUACAAGCGAGAGCAAGGUUCAUCUCAAACUUUGAUCGAAUAUUUUCAUAAGUAACAUUGUGAUUGCACCUCGAAGUAUGUUUAUGUAAUUAUAUUGAGCUUCUGCGUGUUUUAUGAACCUGUGUAUAUUUUAUUGACAAUUGUAUCAGUGUUAAGUAGUGUUCUGUUAUCAUUAUAAUAUAAGAGAAAUAAAUUAAAAUAUCCAGCUAAUUAUAGUUUUGGUGUUAUUAACGUUUGAAACUAAUAAAAAUUAUUAAAAUCUUUUGUUUCAACUUGCUGGUAAAAUCAGUUACUACUAAGUAUAUGAAUAUUUCUUCGACCAAAAUAUUUAUGACAAUAAUUAAUAAACCAUUUACCUAAUAAAAACGUCAGUAUGUCAACAUCGAAUCGCUUGAACGUAGAAAAUUAAAGAUCUAUGCUGCCGUCAGAAAUUACGAGUACUUAUCCACGUUGUUACAAGUCAGUACAACAUCAAUCAUUUAUCUACACAAAUAUCGUAACUACUGCACGCCAGUUACUAAACAGCUGGUGAUAGGUACGAAUUUAUUUAUCGAAACGAAUUUAUGCAGACCAGGUGAAUGAAUUGGUACUUAAUGUCGCUGGCUGCCAUAUAACACACGUAUUGGCUGAGAACCCGGAAUCUAUGAAAAGAGUUAUAAGUAUCCUCAAUUCUCUAAAUACUAUAGUUACAAACUAUUGUCUAUUAACCAAUGUUCUGAGACAAUAAUUCAUUAUUCAUACUUUCUGGUCUAAAGAACGGACGACAACUAAAGUAUUCCUUAAAACAAUCACAUUAUGGCAUAUAAUAUAACCGAUUCCUACAAAGCCCUGAUUAGUCACAAAACUGAAGAGGUUGUAAUUCUAAGUUUCUUGGACACGACUGUGCAGCUUUACAUUACACCGUCCGUUUCUUGAAAUAUCAUACUUCUAGAAUUUCAGCAGAAUAUAUUAUGCACCUUACAGCUUUAACUAGUUAAUACCUAAUAGACCUAUCUUUUUGCUUGUUAAAGUACUACCAAAAUUCUAAAAAUUAAAAUUUGUCUAUUAUAAUUUUAGCACACUCAGUUGAAGUGUGUGUACACGUAGUUCCAUUAAACAACAUUGAAAAGAUAUUAGUUUGCAGUUAAUAUUUGGGUCAACUAACCAACGUUACUAACUAGUCUAGUUGCUUCCUACUACUGGUCACAAGUCAGUAUUUCUUGGAAUAUACAAUGUGUUUAUCGGUCAGUUUAGGUACUACGACUACCGUCACGUAACUUAGAUUCACUUACCUAAUUAAGCGUAUGCACACUUCUACUGAUGAGCACUAAGUUCGUAACUCGGCCAGAUUGUAGUUCGUAUUCCAUAUAUGAAUACUGUGCAGUGCUUCGCUUCCACAGAAAUAUAUCUAAUAUAAUGAAACUGACGUAACAGAUUCUAAAUAUAUAUAAAAUAUAUAGUUUGUUAUUGUUUGAGGCUGAAAGUUUUAAAACUCUCGAACAUUAUAUAUUGUCUAACAACGUGUUGUGUCAAUGUAUGAAAUAAAGAAGUUGUGUAAUUUAUUUAAUUUAUUGAAAUGUCUAAUAUCUAAGUUGAAUAUGUAACUAAAGAAUCUUCCUCGAUGCAAAACUAAAUUUUAUGGUAUUGGUGUGGUUAAUGAUGUUGCUCAAACUGAAUAACUUUAAAAGAAGUAGUUACAUUGUACGAAAUUUAGUUCUGUGAUCCAAUAAAUUAUAAUAUAUGAUC